GGGAGAAGUUCAAUGGGCAGAAACAAAGAGAAGAACAAGGAAGUCGAGAAUUUCAGAAAUUGAAAGGGGAAAAGAGGAAGGAGAAAAUGCUGGGCUGGUGUGAAGCGAUAGCCCGCAACCCUCACAGAAUCCCAAACAACACGCGAACACCUGAGAUCUCAGGGGAUUUGGCUGAUACCUCACAAACCUCCACACUGAAUGACAAAUCCCCAGGACGAUCUGCCAGUCGAUCAAGUAACAUUUCAAAAGCAAGCAGCCCAACGACAGGGGCAGCUCCCAGGAGCCAGUCAAGGUUGUCUGUCUGUCCAUCCACUCAGGACAUUUGCAGAUCUUCCAUCUUGCAUGACAUGUCAGAAGAUGCGUUUGAGCACUGCACCCCUGUCAUGGUGCUGAGUCCUGCUAGGAAGGAGUCUGGUAAGAAACCAGUAAAACAGAAGCCUAGGAGGAGGAGAAGGGCCUCUGAGAGGUACAAGCAUGCAGAAGAACAAAUAAAAGGGGGGAAAAGUGACUUCCACCUGCAGAUCUCAAGCCCCAGAUGGAGAGAACUUUACACAGAUUCUUCAGAUUCAUCUUCCACAGAUGAGAAUCAUUGGAUGCAGACAAAAAGGAGAGCACAGGUUAAGUUCAGACUAUCACGAAGAAGGAGAAAUAAUAAUAAGCCCCAUGGAAGCGUGGCUGGGUCUUCCACUCCUAAUGGAAUUGAGCUUGUUGAUCUGGGAUCCAAAGGUGAGAAGCAGCAGGAGCCACUGGAAUGUGAGAGUUGCUCUUUAAACCUCUGCAGAGGAAAAGUCAUUAGGUACCAAGAAGGAUCCUUUGAGAUGAAGAGACCCUCAAGGAACCAUGAAGGGAGCAAAAUUAGAUACCACCACAGGGAUUCUGAGCUCUUGCACAGUCUUAGGCAAAAUGAAACAAUCAAGAAAAGAUUUUCAGAAAUGGAUUCCAGCACUGAAAUCCUGGCAGUUGCAGGAAGCAGCCAGUACGUGGACAAUACAGGGAUCCAGGGGAAUAAUGCUGAUCAGAAUCCUCCAGCCAUCUACGAUGAUGGGUCUGAUCACUUAUCAGUGUGCAGGAUCUGUCACUGCGAAGGGGACGAAGAGAGCCCCCUCAUCACACCCUGUCGCUGCACGGGUACACUGCGCUUUGUCCACCAGUCCUGCCUCCACCAGUGGAUCAAGAGCUCAGACACGCGCUGCUGCGAACUCUGCAAGUAUGACUUCAUAAUGGAGACCAAGCUCAAACCCCUCCGGAAGUGGGAAAAACUACAGAUGACCACGAGUGAAAGGAGGAAAAUAUUCUGCUCUGUCACAUUCCAUGUCAUCGCCAUCACCUGUGUGGUUUGGUCUUUGUAUGUGUUGAUAGACCGGACAGCAGAGGAAAUCAAGCAAGGCAAUGACAAUGGUGUCCUCGAAUGGCCAUUUUGGACAAAACUGGUGGUGGUGGCCAUUGGCUUCACAGGAGGUCUUGUCUUCAUGUAUGUACAGUGUAAAGUCUAUGUCCAAUUGUGGCGCAGGCUGAAGGCCUACAACCGUGUGAUCUUUGUGCAAAAUUGCCCAGACACUGCCAAUAAGCUGGAAAAGAACUUUUCGUGUAACGUAAACACAGACACCAAGGAGGCUGUGGUCGUGCCUGUAUCACAAACGGGUACAAAUUCACUGCCAUCUGCAGAGAGCGGUCCUCCAGAAGUCAUACCAGUUUGAUGGAACCAGAUGACAGUUUCUUCUCGGAAGACCGUCUUUCUAGCCUCAGCCACUACAAUUGACUUAAGUGAUCCUGCAUUACUCCCUUUAUCGUCUCCUUUCUCCUACUGACUGUUUCCUUACUUUGCUCAAAAAGGACAGGAGGAAAAAACAUCAGAUGAGCAGGAUCCCUGGAAGUGACCCUGACGUUUGAUAUGGAAAUGUGAAGAUGGCUAGAGAAUGACUUCUAAGACAAUACAGAACUGCUGGUUCAGGAAUGCUUUUAGUCAAUGACAAAUUAAAUGGACACAUGAUACUCUUUGCAGUAGCAGGGGAAAAGUUCAAGAAUAGAGACUUGACUUGUAACAUGUAUUUCUUCUAAGGGUCUUGUAAUGUUAGCUAUCUCAUCUGGAUAAACACAUUUGGUUUGAAGCCUGAAAUUGUCUGCAUUAUUCCUGCCACACUGGAAGCAAACUUGGAGGAUGCACAUUUUGAUAUUCUUUGAUAGCUGACAGCUUUUUAUGGCAGUAGUGGAGUUUGGUUAUUUUGACAGAUGCAUGUUUUAAAAAUGGAUGCAAUACACACUUGAAGAUAGUAAUACUUGGAAUUAUGUUUAAAUCAUGAACAAAAGAUUUUCAAAAGAUUAUUGGGUUAAAUUAGCUCUUUUAAAUGCCCACAGAAGUUGAAAUCAACCAUCAGGUCCUAUAUUUUAUCUGGCCCCUCUAAUACAGUGUGUCCAAUAGAAAUAUGACAUGAACUACAAAUGUAAUCCACAAAUACAAAUUUUAAAAAUCCUAGUAGCCCCUUUAGAAAAAUUAAAAUAGGUGAAAUUAAUUUUUAUAAUUUAACACCAUGUUAUUUUAACAUGUCAUCAUGGUAAAACAUUAUCAAAACAGCUUACAUUUCUUUAAAAUCAAGUCUUCAAAAUCCAGUAUGUAUUUUACAACGCACCUUGGUCUGAAUUAACUAAGUUGGAUAGCACGGACCUAAUUAGACUAAGGUUCUACUUCACUUAAUAUUUGAAUAUUUCAAAAUAGAUUCUUAAUUUAUUACUUUAUUUUCAAGUUUCAUUAAAGGGUUAUGAUUUCACAAAGCAUUAAAUUAAUCAUAUUAAGUGUCCUACUUUGAAGAAUUAGAUGAAAUUGCCAUUUCUCUAAGGGUAAGAAAACAAAAUUUAAAAAAGAAAAUAAAAAAAAUCUGCCUUUAGUGAAAUUGUGAAAUUCUGUUAGCUACAAUGAAGCAACUAUAGGGAAAUAAAAAUUAAGUAUUUCUGUUAUUAAAUGAAAAGUGUUUUUCUUAAUACACAUGAGGUGUCAACUUGACUGAUAGUUACGAACAAGAAUCUAGACCCUAUUUUUGUAAGCUGACAGUAUAUUCCUUGACAGUUCAGAAGCAAAAAUAUUCAACAGAUUCUAUGGUAAGUAAUAAAUUGAGUUGUUUAGGUUUGACAGUUGAUUAUUGCAUACUUUAAAUACUCAUAUAAAACUGAAAUGUGAAUGAUAUUGCAGAGAGCUAGAUUAAUAAUUAUAAACAUAGCUGCCUGUCAAAGAAAGAUGGCCUACAUAAAAAAGCAAUUUUUAUUAGCUGUCAUAUUUGUUAUUGUCAAAGGCAGAGAUGGCCAUAAGAACCAAAGCAUGGGUAUCACAUUGCACAAAUCUGGGUAUUAUCACAUCGAUGCACUUUGUAAUUAUCAGUGUGCUUGUUCUUCACAGAUUAUCAAAGGAAAACAAAAUAACCUUUUAAAAAAAAGAAAGACAGUAUGGAUAUUAGUAGUGGCUGAUACUGAGAGCAAAUAGCCCCAUUCCUAGAAAUAAAGAAAAGGUAAACAAUGUUGAUUUUGUGUGUGUGUGUGUGUGUGUGUGUGUGUGUGUGUGUGUGGCAUGUGUGUAUUCAUGUAUAUAUGCGAGAAAAACGUUAAGGUAUUCAGUCAGGAAACAAGAGGUUUAAAAUUCAUCUUUCUUAAAACUUGUAGGGGAUGGAGUAAGGCCCAGGGAAAACAAAGUGGAGGUAACUAAACUGGACCAAAACUAGAGCACAAAUAAGGACUUUGGUGGCAUUAAAAAAGAAUCUUAAAGAAACUAAACUUUGUAUUAACUUCCCUUUAAAGAUUGAAGAUAAAUAUACUUAAAAAUAACAACGCUUGGGUGAUUUAAUCAUGGCACCACACCAAAGGAAUUAACUGAUUGCAUUUUCCUGCUAAUUUGCCUAAUCCACUUCUCUGUGGUUUCGUAAGGGCAAUAUGGUGCCUGCAAAUAUUUCACAGGAGAAAAGCUCAUCACCAGCAAACAAAGAAAUAUUGAUUCCUCUUUUGUUUGCUCUAAAAGGAAAAGUAUUAUUUACCUUAAUUACUAGGGAAAAUACUAUUUUAAAUUCAAGGGAGAUAAGUGCAUAGCUUAUUUCACAGUGGGAGAUGAUUGGCUAAAAUAAAACCUUACUUAUCAAGGGCUACAUUUAACACUAAGAAACAUUUCUAAACUAAAAAGCUAAGCUUUGCUGUAUUAGUGAUAAAAGAUAACAUGGUUUUAAAACUAUGCCUAAAUUCUCAAAAUUAACUUUCAUAGGUUUUGAUUUUAUUGAAAUGAGAAAAUAAUAAAACUCCCUUACAGGAUAAAAGUCAACAUUUAUUCUUCUGACCUUUCAAAACCCUAAACUGAAUUUCAUUUUAAAAAAUCCAUUGCACAAAAGUUUCAUUAAAAAGCUUUCCUGCAAUGGAUGUUUAUGGUUCACAUGAUUUGAAAUAACUACAUGCACUUAAAACCUAAUGUUGAUUCAUUUACAUUUCAUAUGGCAAUGGGACCUCUGUCCUUUCAUCACAGCAAAGUUUUGGCUUUGUGGCAGUGCUUUUUGGUAGACUGAUUUCUCUCUCAAAAAGGAAAACUGCGUGAUGGAAUGACAAUUUUUUGAGGCAUGUUUACCUGCUCAUGUAAGCAACAAAAUGGAACUGAAACAAAGGAUGGAAAUUAAAGAAUGAACCUACAACUGUUUAAAACUCUGACUUUUUAUAAUUCUGACCUGAAUCUGUGGUAUUGCCAAAACCGUGAACUCUAGACAUUGACACUGUUAAUGUUUUAGCACCUUCACUGUAUAGGAUUAGAGAUUAAAGCAGUAAAGAAAUGAAAUUCCAAUUUUUAAAAAGUGAAGUUCAAAAUGCGAUUAAAAUUUUUUUAAAGAAUUAAAAUGUAAGUGAUCCCAAGGAUGUGGGACAGCAAUGUAGAAAUCGAAGGAGUCUUUCUCAAAAUGCCCCAGCAUUAAAUCUCUCUCAGAGCUGCUGUUACAUGUGAUUAUGGUCCUAGGGAGAUGGCCUUGGUUGUACUUUUUGUUUUACAAAGGUUCUUUAGUACCCUUAAAAACAUCUAUUCUUUGGCUGGAAAAAUUAGCUCAUUAGCUCAAUGACAUCAUUAAGAGAAAUUAUAAGGGUCAUGGUCAUGAGGCAGGAAGGUUUUCCCAUCUGCCAGAUUUAAUACCUUUCCUUGCCUUGCCAAUGAAUUUUUUCGAACAAAGUAGAGGUCUUAAAACUUACUAUCAUUAUUAUCAUAGUUAUUGUAUAAUAACUGUAAGGAUUACACUUAAUUAAGAAAGAUGAAAACCUUUUUUCUUUCCUCAAAUCAGCCCAAUGGUGCUAUUUUACAUAUCAAUAGUUGAAAGGAAGUACUGUUAUUUUGGGCUGCAGUGUUUCCUCCACAUCUAAAGAAAGCCCACCCUGAAAUUGGAUAUUGCAUUGAAACAAAGAAGAAAAAUUAUUUUAACUGUGUGCAAUUUUUGAGAUUGGGCAUUUGUACCUUUUUUAGUUUUACCUAAUUCUCUUUCAUUAACAAUAUACUGUUUGUGAAUAAUGUGUGCUAAGACAAACUAAGGAAAAGAAAAUAAUGAUCUGUGAAAGACUUUGUAUAUUAAACAAGUGA